UUUUAGUGAUAAAAGGAUGGAGCCGGUCAAUAAUAUUAUUUCUAUUUCUAAGGCUAUUUUGACUUUAUUAGAGGAGAAACGGCGUAUUGACGGUGAACUUGCAAAACGCGAAGUACUUUUAAUGGCUAAUCUUAAAUUGAUUACAAUGGAACCUCCAAAGACUAUUGACGAACAAAAUUCGCCAGAAUCACCAAUUUCUGGCAAUUCUGCUGAUUUAACUAAUUAUGAGACUCCAUUACAAAUUCCGUUGGAACGCGAGGAUGUUAAGAACAACAGCGAGGAUAAUAUCAAUCAGGAGGUUAAUUUAAAAUUAAUUUUCCGAGUUGUUUUAGGGCAAAAUCGAUUUUUCUCCGGAUUUGUAACUUUAACGGGGCAGCAGAAUAUAAGGGGUUCACCCUUUUCAACCCGUAUCUGGGAACCGUAUUCCGGAAAAAUCCGGCCGAAUCCGGUUCGACGCCGGGCACUAAUGACUUUCAAAUUGUGUUUCUUGUGGUACUCCCCCUCCCUUUUCCCGUAUAUUCUAUCGGCGUGUUACUUUUUUAAACAUUCAUUAGUUCCUUUUGCUAGACACAAAUCAUACCAUAACUUUCAGACACCGGAAGAACAAUUGCCACCUUCUCCCGAGCAGUUGCCUCUUCCGCAGCCCAACUCAAUUUUUGAUGUGGAAGUUUCUCCUUUGUCUGUCAGCCACAGCAACAAUAACGUCAACAGUGCUGUUGAGGCUCCUCUUUCUGAUGAUGAAACUUUGGAAGUUACUGAUGAAGUUGAACGUGAAAUUGAUCAAGUUGGCAAUGGAGAACGUAAUUUGGCUGAUGCUGGACUUGGUGGUCGGAACAACAAUAGUUUUACAGUUCCACUUCAAGAGCCUCCAACAAAUUUUACUAUGAAACUCGACUUCAGCCUCAAUGAUCUUUUUGAUACUGAUCAAGACAAUUUUCAUUCAACAGAGCAAAUAAUUAACAACUUUAAAUGGAUUUUGAAAAUUAAUUAUAGAAAGCAACAAGAGUUUAAAGGGAAAACAAUUCCUCUUUCUUUGGGUAUUUUUGUUCAAUGCAAAGGACCUUUAAAUGAGAAUAAUCGAGGAAGUUGUAUUGUGAAUGAACUCAAUUUCAAAAUUCAUAAUUGGAAUCAGGGCGUUCCCGGAUUGAUGAAGACAAGAGGUUGCUCAACUCCGUUUGAGCCGCCAUUUACUUCAACUACCGGUGUUUGGUUUAAUUUGGAUAAGAAGAAGAAAAUGAUCGAAGAAGGACUUGUUACCAGAGAAGAUCUGAGAAUUCGUGUUUCGGUUGUGCUUAUAUUCCGCCAUCCACACAAUUCUAACUCGGCUCAAAGUAUUCCAGAUGACUGA